AUGAGAUUGCAGUCAUGUUCUUCUCCAUCUAAUGUGGAUGAGAUAAAAGAAUUUGGAGACUGGAUACUGAAUGUUGGUAAUGGGGAUGUUGGGGAAGACAAUGAUGGUGAAGCUUCGAUAGAGAUUCCAGAUGACAUGUUGAUUGGUGAUUCAGAAGAUCCAUUCAGAGACCUACUCAAAUUCGUUUACCCGGAUUUGUUGAGUAACAUGUACGAUCGAGAUUAUUUUCAAGGGAGGGCAAUUCUUGCACCAACUAAUGAAUGCGUCGAGUCUGUGAACGAUCACUUAAUGUCUCUCCUUCCAGGAGAGGAGAAGGUGUACCUGAGCUCAGAUAGUAUGUGUAGGGACGAGCACACAACGGAGGAUAAUGCAGAAAGUUAUUCGACUGAAUUCCUCAACACAAUAAGAUGCUCUGGAGUUCCUUCUCAUGCGUUGAGGAUCAAGGUUGGUGCACCCGUUAUGCUAAUAAGAAACAUCGAUCAAGCUAGAGGAUUGUGCAACGGUACCAGACUUCAAAUUAUUAGAACUGACAUUCACGUUCUGAGUUGCAAAAUUCUUUCCGGAAAAGAUAUCGGUGACAUGGUAUUCAUUCCUCGGAUGACUUUAAUACCAUCUAACUCCGGACUGCCAAUUAAAUUUCAGAGAAGACAAUUUCCGUUGAUUGUUUCUUUUGCAAUGACGAUAAAUAAAAGCCAAGGCCAAACUCUUUCGCAUGUUGGUUUGUAUCUUCCUAGGCCUGUCUUCAGCCAUGGUCAACUAUAUGUUGCAGUGUCCAGAGUUAAGAGCAGAGGUGGCAUUAAGAUAUUCAUCAAGUCGGAUUCGGGUGAACUCACCAAUGUUACUAGAAAUGUCGUGUACAAGGAAGUAUUUCAUCGAAUUAGAAGGUAG